AUGGCUUUAUAUUCUAAGGACAAAGCCUUGAUAUGCAAGGUGUUCCCAUCCAGUUUGGGACUCGUGGCGAUGAGAUGGUUCGACAGCCUGAAGACAAAUUCUAUAGAUUCCUUCAAGGAGCUCACUCAGGCAUUUUUCUCUCGUUUUAUCACAUGUACCAGGGUCCCUCGGCUCUUAGACUCCCUACUGUCUUUGUCCAUGCGAGAAGGGGAGACCCUGAAAACAUACUCGGACAGGUACUGGGAGAUAUACAAUGAGAUAGAUGGUAACUUUGAUGACGUUGCUAUUAGUACUUUCAAAAGCGGCCUCCCAACUAAGCAUGGUUUAAGGAAGUCCCUAACAGGAAAACCUCUCACCAGCCUGCGCCAACUCAUGGACCGGAUUGACAAGUAUAAAAGGGUGGAAGAAGACCAGCAACUAGGUAAAGGAAAGACUAAGGUUAUCCCUUAG